GUGGAAGAAGUAUCUUCUGUGGAAGUAUCUUUUGUUGACGUGACGGAUCUUGAAUCUUUCUUGACGUAUUCAGACGUAUUUGUAACCUUAAAACAAAACAAAUGAGUUGUCAAAAAUUAGAAAUAAAAUGGUGAAAUUUAGACAAAAGAGUAAAUAUAAUGAGUUCUCGUAUAAUAACCUUUUUAAUGGAAAAGACAGUGAGAGCGAAAGUGGAGAGGAGACUGAAUUAUUUGUAAAAAAUAAGUUGCAAAGAGUACAAUUUCCAACGAUAGAAAAAGUUGUGGAGGAUGGAGAUACUUUACAAGCGUUAGCAAUUAAAUAUCGAUGUUCUAUUGCUGAACUAAAACGAAUAAACAAUUUCCACAAUGAAAAUGAAAUUUAUGCUAAACGAGUGAUCAAAGUGCCUCAUAGACCUUUUACUUUAGCUCUAGCUGGUGUACAUUUGAGCGGUAACAGUUCACCCGAACUUAACAUAAAUUCUACAAGUAGUUUAAUAGAUAUUGAUUCUCUAAGUUCAAAACUAAUAGAAACUGUAAAGAUUCCGAAAAAAGAGAACGAAGUUAAUGAAAUUAUUUUUAAUAGUAUGAUUACACCAAAUCAAAAUGAAUCUCCUGAAUCGUCUGAAGAAAACUGUGAUGAAAAAGUUAAUUUAAUUUCACAAAAUACAAAGAAUUUAAUUGAAAAUGAUAUGGUUAUAUCAAGGUUAAGUUGUAACGGCGCCGAUGCAGACAUAUCUUGGAAGCUCCUUAUAACAUGUGUUAUCAUACUUAUCGUCGCUAUGCCUCUAAUUUAUGUGUUUUAUAUAGCGGAACAUCCAGAGUCCUAUCAUCAUCAUGCAUCGUGAUAAAAACUAUUUUUUACUAUCAGACGUUUUAAAAAAGUUUUUGUAAUAUUAAUUUGUUCUUGUCUAUUAGAUUGAAUAAUAUAUAAAUUAUUGUUUUUAAGAUGGCCAUUAAGUAUUGAAACUGUAAGAUUAUUAUUAGACUAUUCUGAGGUGAGUUCCGGGCUGUGCAAAACAAAACAAACCGAUUUAUGAUGAAAUCGUGGUCUUUCCAAAUAAAGACGGUUUUGUGGAAACUAAAAAUUUAAUGGAUAAAAUUUGGAGGAUUAAUAAAAAAUGUGUUGGAGGCAACAAAUUCCCUUCAAAAUUUGAAUUUUUAUUUAUUUUUCUUUUUAUUUGAGGAGCAAUUUAUAAAUAAAACACCAAAUCACAUUAGCUUUCUUUUAAAAUAACAAAAUUGUGG